AUGGCCUGCCAAACUGGAAUCAGAGCUAAUGCGGCGCUCAAAAACGCUUUAAAUCUUGGGAAGCAAGCGAAACUGCGUCUCAUCAAAAUAGUCGUCAACAAUGAGGAAAUGACGCCAAACUAUGAAUAUGCGGGAACCACUAAUUGGCGGGAUGACUGGAGAGCGUGCCUUCCUGAAUGUGUUGAUGCCUUUGAACCAUGUUUUAUCUUGUUCCGACUCAACACUAUCACCGAAUGGGUUUUGAUAACGUUUGUCGAUGAUCGAGCCCCGGUCCGCGAAAAAAUGCUCCUCGCCGCAACAUGUGCCACAUUCAAAAGCGAAUUUGGACAAUGCUACAUCGAGCAUGAAAAGCAUGUCACCGAUAGAAAAGAUCUCACUCUUGAAGCUUUUGAGAGUUGGUUGAAAGCUAAGACCGAAUUAGGACCAAUGAGUGAUGUUGAAAGAGAAUUGCACAAUGCUCAACAAGAGAGAGCAGCAAUUGCCCACGCAGGGCCGCAGCAUAUGAAGGGUGUUGCAUUUCCGGUCGAUCGCAAUGCGGAGGAGGCUUUGAAGCAGCUUGCGCGUGGCCAACUCAGCUUUGUGCAGCUUUCGGUCGACACGCUCAACGAAGCUAUAAAGCUUGAAGGAAUACAAGAACAUCUUGAACCAUCUGCGUUGGCUUCAAAGGUUCCACGAGAUAAACCGAGAUACACUUUUUAUAAUUUUGAUCAUACAUGGGAAGGAGUGCCGCAAAAAUGCACAUUGUUCAUCUACUCUCUUCCAUCGUCUGGAAGCUCAAUCAAGGAGCGAAUGCUUUAUUCAAGUUGUAAGGGACCAUUUUUGAGUGCCGCGACUAACUCCUAUGGGAUUGUCAUCACUACAAAAAUGGAGGUUGAUGCUCGUGAUGAUCUCUCGGAAAAAGCUCUCCUUGAAGUGAUUCACCCAUUGCCAGUAGAAGCUCAGAAACAAUUCGCGCGUCCGGCUCCACCGCGAGCUGGCCCACGCCGAAUUACCAAAGGUCCGAAGCAGUCUUAUGCUUACUUGAUGCUACUACGAACUAUUAUAUUCUUAUUCGCAUUGUUCGCAAAUAUUGAGCCAAAUGAGCAGGAAAAUGAAACGAGGAUACGCUUCCGACGAUAUUUUAAAGCGUCAAAAGCCGGAAGAAUUGCUCGCGCUGCAACGGCACGGAAGGAAAGAAUUUGGCCAGAAGGAAUAAUUCCUUUUGUAAUAACUUCUAAUUUUUCAGGAGAUCAUCAACACUUAUUUCUGCGAGCAAUGCGGCAUUGGGAAAACUAUACAUGCGUCUCAUUCGUACCAAAAGAGCCUCAUCAUAAACAUUAUAUUACUUUCACGGUGGAUAAAUGCGGAUGUUGUUCUUAUGUGGGUAGACGUGGUGAAGGUCCACAAGCAAUAUCAAUCGGAAAAAAUUGCGACAAAUUUGGAAUUGUUGUACAUGAACUUGGUCAUGUGGUAGGAUUUUGGCAUGAGCAUACAAGACCGGACCGGGACCUCUAUGUUGAUAUUUUCUACAAAAGCAUUCAAACAGGUCAAGACUACAAUUUCGAGAAAUCGAAACCAGAGGAAGUUGAUUCGCUUGGGGAACCAUAUGAUUUUUCAUCGAUAAUGCAUUAUGCCAGGGAUACGUUUUCUCGAGGGGCGUUUCACGACACGAUAUUACCUAAACCAAGUUCAGGUUUCCGAUCUGAAAUUGGCCAACGAAUUCAGCUGAGUGAAGGUGACAUAAGACAAACCAAAAAGUUGUACAAAUGCGCUGAUUGUGGUGGAACCCUCAUGCAAGAAUCCGGAAAUUUGAUCAUAAGUCAUCCGGGAAAAUGCGUUUGGCACAUUAUUGCACCAUUAGGUCAUACAAUUUUUCUCAAUAUUACGGGUUCUGUCUUAGCUCCAACUACAAGGAAUUGUGUCGAGGAUAACCAAAAUGUGAUAACUGUACGAGAUGGAGUCUCCUCAAAAUCUUCCAUUUUAGAUCAGAUUUGCGGCGGAGACGAUCAUUAUCGGACAAUCGCAUCAUCGACUAAUCGAAUGCUAAUUGAAGCAAGAUUAGUAGCACCCUCACCCUUACCAUUCGCAACUUACUACGCUAUAUGUGGCGGUCCCAUUUACGCAAACCACGGUGUUAUUCAGAGUCCAAAGUAUCCUGAAUCAUAUCCACCAAAUAGUGAUUGUCAAUGGACGAUUCACGUCGAGGAAAAUAGCCAAGUUGCUAUUGAGAUAGUGUAUUUUCAUCUUGAGCACCACAAAGAGUGCAUUUAUGAUCGGCUAAUUCUCACAGAAGGCGCAAAACCAAAUGAGCUCAGCGAAACACUUUGCGGUCUUGUGGAGAAUAAAACAAUAAUCACUAAAUCAAAUCAAGUUGCCAUGAGAUUCUUUUCUGAUAAUUCCGUGCAGAAAACUGGAUUCGAAAUUCGCUUCUCGAAAGAGCUCAAUGAAUGCGCGACAGACAAGAACAAUUGCCAACAUUAUUGCGUCAACAUCGUUGGUGGAUUCCGAUGCGAAUGUCGUGUCGGUUUCAGUCUGAGCAAAAAUGGUUAUUCAUGUGAGAGCACUUGUGGCGGAUAUUUGCGAGCUUCGAACGGAUCUAUAUCGUCACCAAAUUUCCCACGACCAUAUCCAAGCUCAAAAACAUGUAUCUGGGAAAUAGAAGCUGAUGACGGUUAUCAUAUAUUUUUGAAUUUCACCAAGUUCAAUGUUGAGGGUAUGCGAACUGAAUGUGCAUACGAUUAUGUCAAGAUCGGAGAUAAUGAAAAAUUAUGCGGAGAAUAUAAUGAGCCGUUAUUAUUUACGACCCCUACCAACAAAGUACGCAUCGAGUUCAGUUCGGACUUAUCCGUCGAACGAGACGGGUUUUUUGCAAAUUUUAUUGCUGAUUUUGAUGAGUGCCAGUAUGAUAAUGCAGGUUGCGAGCAUUCUUGUCAAAACCGAUUAGGAUCUUAUGUUUGUACAUGCAAUUCCGGAUUUGUGCUUUCGGAGGAUAAACAUAAUUGCAAAGAAGGUAGUUGUUUUUUUGAGCUUAACGCGCCAUCAGGAGAGAUCAGUUCACCAAGUUUUCCGAACGAUUAUCCAAAAAGCCAGAAUUGCUCAUGGCAUUUUGUUACAACACCCGGUCAUAGAUUGAUGCUGACCUUUUCGACAUUCCAAGUAGAAGAGCAUUCUCAGUGCAAAUAUGAUGCUGUGGCUGUAUAUGACGGAGGGGAUUCGCAAUCUCCCUUAGCGGGACUAUUUUGUGGCCUUACACCUCCUCCGCUUUUAUUAUCUUCGUUGAAUGAAUUUUUCCUGACCUUUACGUCAGAUGCUUCGGUUUCAAGAAAAGGGUUUGAAGCUCAAUAUACCUCAGUAUGUGGUGGUAGUUUGAUAGCGGAAUCGCUGCCUGGACAUAUCUAUUCUCACGCAACCUUCAGUGACAGCAAAUAUGGAAAAAAUCAGGAUUGCUCUUGGCGAGUAUCCGCAAAAACUCCGUCACGCGGAGUGCGACUUCAAUUUUCUUCUUUUCAGUUGGAAGGGGAGGAUGGUUGCUUAUAUGAUUACAUAGAGAUUUAUGACGGACCAGAAAUGACUCCUGAUUCGUUAUUUGGAAGAUUCUGUGGAGAUGCAAUUCCUGAAACGUUUACAAGUUCGGGGUCUGAAAUGCUCCUAAUUAUGCACACAGACAACGCUGAGGAGGAGAAAGGAUUUGUUGGAGAAUAUCGAGAAGCUCAGAGAGCAAACCGAAGAAAAAUAAUAAACACACCUGUACAUCCACCGAGAACUGGAAUGAAAGAGCCAAUCAAUGAACAAAUGAAUGCCAAUUGA